UGACGGAUAAUGAUCUUUGACCCUCAGUCCCCACCGACCAAUGAGACAUUGUGGGUGGAGUUAACGUGAGCCAAUGAGAGAACAGAGGGUGGGGUUAGUCUGAGCCAAUGAUAAAAGAGAAGGUGGACUUUGUCCUAACCAGUGAGAGAGGCGAGGUAGGAAGUAUUACUUCCGACGGCACUGUGACAAGCUGGUGAAAAGGCUUUGGAUAGAUCCUACCAUUCAACGGGCGCUUCAGUCACGUCACAUCCAAGUGUCUGAAUACAGAGUCCAUGGUGCUUCCAAGGCCUUUCUUCACAAUCUCAAAAUGACGAGACGUUUGUAGAUGUUGUGUUACUGUGUACAAAACAACUUGUCUCAGAAUAUUUUGAGUGAAUUGAGAAGAUUGUAUGAUGAUAUUUGCCGUACCGUAGGAACCUCUGUGUUGUAGUUAGCCUUAAGAACAUUGAGAAGAUGAUGAAAACUAAUGUGGAGUGAAGAUAGUUGAUUUUUUCCUACGGUGUUGAAGUUAUUUUUCAUAUAAAACGAAUGUCGAACGAGUCAACUACAUUUAUUCGAUAUCUUUGGUUACUUAGCUAAUUCAGAUUUUUAAUAUAAAAUAUAAAUAAUGAAUAAAUUAUGAUGUAAUAUUAUGAUUAAUCAGUUCAAAUCAGCUCCAUGUUUACCAGCCACAACAUUAAAGUGAUGAAGACAUUAAAGUAAUUAUAAUACAAUAAUGUAUAUUAUUCUGAAAUAAUGAGUACUUUUACUUCUGGUACUUUCAGUGUAUUUUGAUGCUAAUACUUUUGUACUUUUACUUUAGUAAGAUUUUGUAAAAGAAUAUGUCUACACUGUGGUAUUACAACUUUUACUUAAGUAAAAGAUGUGAGUACUUCUUCGAAAAAAAAAGAAAGAAUAUCUCCGCUUCCUCCCCCUUGCCCUUCUCUUACUUCUUUUGUCUUUUGACUGCUGGUCACCCCAUUUAACAUGGGACAGAUAGCAUCAUGCUGACAGAUAUUUGGUUUGCCAAAGUAUUGCUUUAGAACCAAACCAAGAUGAAAACAUAAAAACAGUAGAUAAAGAAGAUUCUAGCCUACAGUGUGCCAUGGCAGAGUUUCUGCAUCCUAACUACCCUGCUCUCAGCCAUGCAGACUUUAUAAGAAACUUCUUAACAAAACAUUCAAAGAAUCACAAUUACAAUUACAAUUUCUGAGGGUGUCUAUGGAUUUCGAAUUUUCCCACAGAGAACAAUACUGCUGGGUCAGACUUAGAAACUUAGACAAAAGACACAUCUCAAACUCCUCUGCGUCUGGGUUCAAUUAUUGGGGUGUCUGGGUAAUGUGUGCGGGCUCCUGGUUGACCCUUCUGAGCCUUCUUGUUUUUGAUGCCACCAUGAAUGCUUCCAUUGUUCAUACAUAAUUUGUAGUAACAUAUAACCCUUCUCUUUCCUCCUCAGUCACUACUACACGCUCAACUGCUCCAAAAGCAUAGCUGUCAGAGCACCCAAAGGCACCUAAAAGCACUUCAGGCACUAGUGGCUGUUUAAAGAUUAUGACUUAUGCUAGCUUGGCCCUAACCCUACCUCCUACCCCUAACCCUUAUAUACCCACUUAAUACCCAGAUGCUUAUUAUUAUAUAUUAUAUAUUGCAAUUUUUGAUCCAGCAUGAAACCUGCUUGCUUGUGUGUGUGUGUGUGUGUGUGUGUGUGUGUGUGUGUGUGUGUGUGUGUGAGAGAGAGAGAGCGAGAGAGAAGUAGGGGGCAAAUUCCUUUUUGUGCACUCACACAGUCUGUAGUCACUGCAUGUUGAGCAGAGAACAGAGACAGAGGAGGGAUUUGGAAGAGAGGAGGAAUAUCCAAAAUCUGACUCUAUUUGAAAUAGCACAACUCAAUGACUUGUGGCAGCAGCAAUUUAAGACGGAUUUUCCUGAGAGGGAAAAUGGUGGUGAGGAAACCAGGCUGAAUCAGUGGGUGUUGAACAUGAGGAGAAAGAAGUGGACUCCCUCUAGCAUCUUGAGGAGGAUCAGCUCAUCACAGUCACUUCGCACUUCAGACUCCCCUUCACACCGCACCCCCUCACCUGAGUAUUAAUUCCCAGCACCUGUCACCCAUCGCACACCUGCACAUAAUCAGCCACUCUACUCCCUAUAUAACCCAGCUCCUCACCUCAGUCAGGGUCCGGUCUCGUUCAUAUGAAGGACAGAGCAUCGCAGUCUUCCUACGAAUGCUACACGGACUCACCCACGACGCUACGUUGAGAAAACUACCACUUGGAACCCCGAACCCCGGCUCCCGUCUGUCUCCAGUCUCCUGAGUGUGUCGCUCCAGCUCCCGGCUCCCGUCUAUCUCCAGUCUCCUGAGUGUGUCGCUCUAACCUCCGGCUCCUGUGUGUCUCCAGGCUCCUGUGUGUUUCCAGUCUCCUGAGUGUGUCGCCCCAGUGCCCACACUCUUCCACCAGCAGUGAGAUAAAGGACAGUAUCAAUACCAUCCCAUAUUACCUCUUUGUUGUAAUAAACUCUCUCAGUCUCCUUACCAUUGUCUCCGGUUGUUCUGUCCGUAACAGAAGACCGGACCUCAACAAGGAUGACGGCCAAGAAUUCCCUACUUCACCUGAGUGGGUUGGCCAAACGUUAUAUCCUCAGCCUCCCUAGUCCCUUUAUUGCUGUGGACGAGCUUCUACAGCCGGGGAUUUUCUCCGGUAUAGUAGAAAAUUGCGAAGAGUUCCUCACGAAGUGCUGCCUCGCGUUCCUGUUACACCCUGAUCAGUUCCCAUCUGAGCGGACACAGGUAGCCUUCGUGGUGCUUCAGCUGGCCGGUCCGGCACUGCACUGGGCUGGAUCCCUGGCGGUUAAGGAAGAGGCAGUUCUCCAUUCUCUGGACCUCUUCUUGGCGAGAUUCUGCCAGGAGUUUGGCCCGCCGAACCUAUGGUCAUCCACGAAUCCCCAACCUGUCUGUCAGCCGCCGCCGCCUGCCUCCAGCCCUGAGGCGCAGCCGCCGCCGCCGCCUGCCUCCAGCCCUGAGGCGCCGUCUCCAGAGGGUCCCGGCCUUCGCCGCCGGCCUCCAGCCCGGAGGUCCGUCAGCCGCCAGCGUCCCCAGGCUCAGCCCCGGCCUCCAGCCCGGAGGUCCGCAGCCUGCCAGAGUCCGCUCCGGUUACCAGCCCGGAGGUCUCCUCUCCAGUCUCCGCUCCGGCUCCCAGCCCGGAGGACAGCAGCCGGCCAGAGUCCGCUCCGGUUACCAGCCCGGAGGUCUCGGCUCCGGCCUCCAGCCCUGCGGCGCCGCCGCCGCCUGCCUCCAGCCCUGAGGCGGCGCCGCCGCCUGCCUCCGGUUACCAGCCCAGAGGUCUCGGCUCCGGCUUCCAGCCCGGAGGUCAGCAGUCGGCCAGAGUCCGCUCCGGUUACCAGCCCGAAGGUCUCCUCUCCAGUCUCGGCUCCGGUUUCCAGCCCGGAGGUCUCCUCUCCAGUCUCCUCUCCGGCUUCCAGCCCGGAGGUCUCCUCUCCAGUCUCCUCCCCGGUCUCCAGUCGUCUCCAAGCUCCAGGUCGACCGCCAGAGGUCGCUCCGUUCUCCAGCCCGGCCCAGCUCCAGGUCGACCGCCAGAGGUCGCUCCGGUCUCCAGCCCGGCCCAAGCUCCUGGUCGACCGCCAGAGGUCGCUCCGGUCUCCAGCCCGGCCCAAGCUCCUGGUCGACCGGCAGAGGUCGCUCCGGUCUCCAGCCCGGCCCAAGCUCCUGGUCGACCGGCAGAGGUCGCUCCGGUCUCCAGCCCGGCCCAAGCUCCUGGUCGACCGGCAGAGGUCGCUCCGGUCUCCAGCUCGGCCCAAGCUCCUGGUCGACCGCCCGACACACCGGAUCCCGAUAAGCUCCCCGGAUCGGCUUGGCCCUUAGGGACAGGCCGCGGUGUCGGGGGAGGGGGGGGGUCUUUCGGCCCUCGGGAGCUGGCCGUGGAGGGGGGGGUACUGUCACAGUCUGUCUU